AUGUUCGCGUACAAAUACACGGAUGAUCGUUUGGUUACAGAAGUCGAGACAAUGGGGAGUAUAGGUCAAGCCGAGACGCAUCGUGCAGAUCUCAGUGGGCCAACUCGUCCUCAACUCAUUGGCCUCGCAGCACAUUUCCCCUGUCCGCGAGGCACCGUACAACUAAGAAAAGCCCAGGGGAUCCGCAUUGCGUGGAACCCGAAGCAAGUGGAGAGCCGGGAUGGAAGACGAGGAAGAUGGGCAUAUACGGGCUGGCUUGCCAAAGAGCAACGUGCCCAACUGCAUCCUGCAAUGGGAUGUCACCCGCGUCCAAUCACGGGAGGCUCGCGUCCGGCUGAGAAGACGAAAGAACGGGGAAUCCUGCGGUGUUAUCAGUUGGUCGGUGGUACUCGCAAGUCCUCCUCGCCCUCGCCCUCGCACGUAACACUGGAAUCCUCCCGAAGCCCGACAGCGCAAGCCCUGCGUGCAUAUUCGGGCUUGGGGAAUACGAGGCUCUCGCCGGCGUGGCCCGCUGCAGCUCACAUCAUGCAGCCCGACCUUAUUCUCUAG